GAUAGAAGGGCGAAGUGAUGGUAGUGCUUCCACAAGGGACGGAAAAGCAUACCUGGAAGACCUCUUGGAUUUGUUGUUGCGUGAUGUUUGGCGGCAACGACAUGUUUCCAGCCGCCAUACUGGGUGCUGACUGGAGAGAAGCCAUGGUUUAGCGCGUGGUGGACGUAGUCAUAAGCGAAAUGACACGCUGGGGGGCGACGUGGAAGCGACCUGGAUGCGACAGGCCCCGAACAAGCGCCUAGGGAAACACGUGGGAAUUGAGGACGGCGAGGGUAAAUGGCAAUUCGCGCAGGGAAGGGCGAUCGAGUGCGCUAAAUUACUGAUGUGGAGGGAUGGGGGGCUCCUUAUGUCGAUGAAUGCGACUGGUAGCGGCCUGUAUCUGGACCUUGGCGACAAGUUUCGUGAUGUUUGGACCAAGCCGGAGGAGACACAGGGCGGUAGGCGACAAAACAGGAGAAUCAGGAAGAAGGGGGAAGGGGGUGUAGAACACGAGGAUGUAGGGGUAGAAAGGACCCCAGACGGAGGGGCCGCGUUGGAAAAGGCGCGUGGAAGGCCAGUCUGGAUGAAAUGGAGAUGGAGGGGACGGGGCUUUCGCGACUUUCCGUGCUGGUCGGGGAAACUGGCGGUGCUCAGCCUGUGCCUGUAACGAGGAGAGGCAGGCGGCGAGACGUUGGAAGAAGAUUUCGUGCCGGGUCACGUGUAUUCACUUCCCGCGCCCGUCGCUGACUCAGCUUGGCCUGCUCGCCGGCAUACCCGCCUUGGGACUAGCG